AUGGUUUUCUCCUUGUUCCAGAACUCCUCCAUCAUAGUGGCUAAUGAUGUGGAAGCUACAUCUUCUGAGGCAGUGGGAGGGCUGCAGAAGCUGGGGGAAUUGGAGCCGGCAGAUGAGCAGAGAGGCAUUUAUCCAGAUGUCAGGCCCGAGAAGAGCUUGUCAGCCUCGCCAUCACACGCACAGAUCCUGGUCGGCACGCUGAAGAUGGGCUGCAGUGGAGAGAGCUGGAAUACGAGGGCUGACCGGGGCUGGAAGACUUGA